AUGUCCCAGCAAACAGACGCAGGCAAGCCGGAGCUCAACGCUCUUGGCAAGCUCGUGGCCCGCUUCGCCGAGUACGGACACAAUGCCACCAACAACCUCUCCAGCAGCUUCUCCAGCAUGACGACGCAAGGAUGGAUCCGGCUCAUCGUCAUCGUCGGCGGGUACAUGCUCCUGCGGCCGCACCUCAUGAAGUUCGCCACCAAGGGCGCCGUCAAGAAGAUGGAGGAGGAGGACGCCAAGUCGCGUGAGCAGGACGCUGCCCAGGCAGAGAUUUCGCCCAACGAAUUCCGCGGCAUCAAGGAGAAGCUCAUGGUCCACGCCGAGGAGGACGAGGGAGACGGCACCGGCGCCGACUGGGGCCAGAAGGCGCGCGUGAGGCAAAGGCAGAUGCUCAAGGACCUGCUCGAGGAGGAGGAGAGGCGGCGGGCUGCGGAGAACGAGGACGCCGACAUUCAGGAGUUUUUGGAGGACUGA